CUAAGUUUAAAAAGCAAGUCAGUUUUGUCAUAACAUAUCCAUAAAAAAAAAGGGUUCCUUUUGUAGCACAUCUAUUUUUAUCACUUACAACAAUGACCGAGGAGCUUACAAUUGGGUUUCGCUUCUAUCCCACGGAAGACGAACUGAUUGCGUUCUACCUACGAAACCAGCUCGAAGGAAGGAGUGGUGACACAAUGCACCGUGUCAUUCCCGUUCUAGAUGUCUUUGAGGUCGAGCCUAGUCAUCUUCCAAAUAUGGCGGGAGAGAGAUGUCUAGGAGAUGCUGAGCAAUGGUUCUUCUUCGUGCCAAGACAAGAACGCGAAGCAAGAGGAGGCAGACCGAGCAGAACCAUUGGUUCAGGGUACUGGAAAGCAACUGGAUCACCUGGUCCAGUCUUUUCCAAAGAUAACCGAAUGAUUGGAGUCAAGAAAACUAUGGUGUUCUACACAGGAAGAGCACCAACAGGAAGAAAAACAAAAUGGAAGAUGAAUGAGUACAAAGCCGUUGACAAAACAUUCAACGUUUCCACAAUCCCUAAGUUGAGACAUGAAUUCAGCUUAUGUCGGGUCUACAUAACAUCAGGAAGCUCAAGAGCUUUUGAUAGACGCCCAAUGGGAAAUUUUCAGGCAGAGAGAAUGCUUAUACGUGAUGUUGCAGUUGGUGAGACAUCAGUUCGCGUGGAAAGCUCACCAGAAGCUUCGAUGUCGGGAGGAGAACAUGGUUAUCUCUCUAUGAAUGGAGAGAUUGUUGAUGGUUUAACUGAACCAAUUUGGGAAUGGGAACAGCUGAACUGGCCUUGAAGCUUGCAGAGUGAGAUUCAUAAUCAAGCACACUGAAGUUAUGUAGUAAAAAAAAAGAGGGUUAUGUACUACAUUAUUACGUAGUUGAAUUUACGAGCAGAAAGAUUCUUUUUUUUUAAGCCUUAAAAAAAAAAAAAAUUUGUUGCUUUCCUCGUAUAGUUUGAGCAAGAAUAAAUGACAAAAGGUAACUUUCUUUUA